AUGGCGGAUCACUCACGGCCGCGCAUUCUCGACGACGAGUUCGACUUUGACGCAGGCGACCUUACCAAACAAUUCGAGCAGUUGCUGCGGACAAGAAGACUGAAUGAACUCGAGGAACAAGCACGAACACCGCGCUCUGCUUCACCUCGGCUGGCACCUCAAUCAUCCUCGCAACAGCCCGCCUCGCCGUACCCUCCGACCCCGAACUCCACGCGCUCUUCGCGACCUUCUCAGCAACAGCCGCCCACAUAUACAUCCUUCCGGAGCCAUCCCAUUGUUCCAUCGCCUCCACAAGAUGCUGCUUCUCUCAAAUUCCGAAAUCUCCUCCUCACUUUGUCCAUGACGCCCACCAAAUACGAAAACCCGGGCCUCCUGGACGAGGCAUUGACCCAUGUUCCCAUCGACCGGAUAUACACUGAAGCCGAAGAAGAACAUAAUCUUAUGAAGGCCAUGGCGGCUUCAAAGGGUGAUAAUGUGAAGCCUGAAUGGGGCUAUCAAGACUGCGUUAUCCGAUCACUGCUAAGGUGGUUCAAAAGGUCCUUUUUCACCUUCGUCAAUAAUCCUCCAUGCUCAAGAUGUAAUGGCGCAACUGUCCCACAGGGCCAAACUCCUCCAACCCCAGAUGAGGUCGCUCGGGGAGCCACAAGAGUAGAACUUUACAGAUGCACAGCUCCUGGCUGUCAGGGCUUCGAAAGGUUCCCUCGGUACUCUGAUGUCUGGACGCUGCUCGAAACCCGAAGGGGUCGGGCGGGAGAAUUCGCCAAUUGCUUUAGCAUGCUGUGUCGUGCUGCCGGUGCCAGGGUCCGCUGGGUCUGGAACAGUGAAGACCAUGUGUGGACCGAAGUCUACAGCGAACAUCAGCGCAGGUGGAUUCACGUUGAUCCAUGUGAAGAGAUGUGGGAUAACCCCAGGGUCUACACCGAAGGCUGGAAUCGAAAGAUUGCCUAUUGCAUUGCCUUCUCCAACGACGGCGCAACCGACGUCACUCGCCGGUAUGUGCGAAAUCACCGCUACAGCCUGCCUCGGACCCGGUGUUCCGAGGAAGUGCUCUUAUGGAUCAUGCACGAGAUCCGCAAAAUUCGAAGAGAAAACACGGAUAAAUCUGUGAGACAAAAGUUGAUGAGGGAGGACGAGCGAGAGGAACGAGAGCUGCGAGGCUACGUCGCCCAGUCUUUGGCAAGCGACAUGCUCAGCUCCAUCCCCGGUUCCGUUAAUACCCAGCGGAGCGACGAGAUUAAGUCUCCCGCCGACAGGCAACAGGAGGCCGCCGUUCAGUGGGCUAAUCAACAGCACAUGGAUUUACCGCGUCGUUGA